CUACCKAUCAAGGUAUUUGUGUCAGUUAUGUCAAAGAUUUUCAUUACUAACUUGGUUGGUAUGGCACUUGUUUGUCAUUUUGUAAGUAACCUUGAAGUAAGGUGUAUUGUCGUUCGUGGGAACUAGGGAUACUCUUUUGUUAACAAUCUAACAGGUGGUCCUAGAUGUAGUACCAGAUGGCUGUAAGGGUCAAGAGUCGCCCGAUACCUGGGAUAGACCAGUUAGAUGAAUUCUGGAAGGAGUACAGAAGUAUAGAAGAGAGUAGGACCCCUCAGCAGACAGAGGAGGACCAUGAAGAUAAAGAACCCCAAGGAGAUUUAUGUGAGCAAGAAGUCGAGUGGCUUAAAGAAGCAGGAUUUGAUGAACUUGUCAAAAAAUACAGAGACAGUAAAGAGAUAGACCCUGAAGAUCUAGACGUCAAGGAUAUUACUUCAUCCCUAACAAGGAAACAAGCAGAGGCAGUGAAAAGAAGAAUCAACACCCUAAAUGACAAUACUAAGAAAAAACUGGGUAUUUCUGUCAAUGCAACGCCAUUACAUCCUUCAAAACAUGCCGAUGUUAGAACUAUUUUCCCUGUUCAAACUAAAGGAUUACCUAGUAAUACAAGCCUUGGCUCAGAAACUGAGACAACUUCUGAUACACAAACUGAUUCUAGUUCAAAUGUAAUUUAUGCCACGGCAUCGCAAACCCCAGUACCUAAUGCUAGACAGAAUGCAAGCACCUCAGGGUCUUGGAGUCAUGUGGGAAACAAUAUUCCAGCACUUCCUAGGCCUUUGUUACCACGAAGAGCUGUCAGUGAAGGCGUCAACUUAGUGAAACCAGGUAUAGCAAGCGAUCAGUCCUGCAACUAUGGUAUUGCUGGGAAAUAUUCCUCAUUAGGUGAUGAUAUUAAUGGCGAGCAUCAAACGAGAGAAAAUAGAGACAAGGCUGGUAGACCUUUCCAUCCUCAUGCAGAACGGAGAGGGAGUGAGGAAAUAAAAGUUCAUUCAGGUGUUCAGCAGGGUAAACUUCGUCAUGGCUCUGUUUUCUACGUCACUGGUCUCUCCAAACAAGAGAUGUUUAAUGCCGCAGAGAAAACCAAAGAGUCGGUAGUUGAUGAUGUAGAAGACUCUAGACUUAAUAUCAAGGAUUUGAGUGUGUCUACACCAUCAACACCAGAGACAGAACAGGAUACAAUACAUGAAAAUGCCAUAGAUGUUCCUGAUGUUAAUCUUUCACCUAAGAUUAAUGGACAAGCAAAUCCUCGUAAAGACAGAUUUAAACUACCACAAUUUCCAAAAUUACUGAAUUUUACUCUAAUGAAAGAUGAGCUGGGUGUUACACAGAUAUCAGACUUCAGCAAGCAGGAUAUGGAGAAAGUUAGGUCACUUGCUCUGAUUGAAUUAACAGCUCUCUUUGAUUCCCAUUCACUUCCAUUUCAUAGAAGAAAACCUAUCAAGAAAAAGGUCAAAGAAACUGGUAUCUUUGGUGUACCGUUACAGUACAUGCUACAGCAUGAUAGAUCAAGGGGAUAUCAUACUAGAAUACCUAUAUUUUUAAAAGAGGUUAUCUGCUACUUAGAUAGAUAUGGUUUAAAAGAAGAAGGCAUUCUUAGAGUUUCAGGCUCUACUACCAGAAUAAAGGCUUUAAAGGAAGAAAUAGAGGAAACAUUUAAUGAAGGACAUUUCAACUGGGAAGGACAAAGACCCCAUGAUAUUGUAUCACUACUAAAGACAUUUCUAAGAGAACUACCUUUCCCUCUGUUGACACAUGAAUAUCAACCAACUUUUGCAUCUGUAGAGAGUAUACCAGAUAGAAAACAACAGCUGCAAGCAUUAAAUCUGUUAAUCCUAUUGUUACCGUCGGUACACAGAGACUGCCUUAGAAUAUUGCUUUCGUUCCUGAAACAAGUAACUUUACAUGAAGAAUACAACAAGAUGUCACCUAACAACGUGGCCAUGAUCAUGGCGCCAAACCUGUUUCUCUUCAAGUCUCAGAAUGAUCUCCAAGAGAUCAGAAUGGCACAGGGAACUGUGAACAUUGUCAGGAUGCUUAUCAAAUAUCAGAAUAUACUAUGGACGAUUCCUGGUUUCAUGGUGAUGCAAGUACGUUACUUAUAUGAAGCUGAAGGAACCAAAAAAAUAAAAGAUACCAAAGCAGUGCGGAAGUUGAUAUCAAAAAAAGGGAAAGAAGCCAGUAGUAAUUCACCUCAGAAGAAACACUCUAUUACUGAUGCAAUUCCUGCAGAUGUACUAGAGGCUGACCUAGCCAACAACAUCAUCAGAGUAAAAGCCCCAAUGCUAAACAAGUUUGCCAUGGUAAUCCAACUGGUGAAUGGAAUGACUGCUGGUGAUGUUGUUGACAAGUUCAAACGAAGACCCGAAGGCAGCAGUACAGUUCAUUCUCGGCGGCAAGAUCUGUCACAUGAAUAUCGCAACUGUGUCAACCCUCAGGGCGAGAACAAGUUUGCACAGGAUAAUCAUUACUUGUACGAAGUAGGAGGAAAUAUAGGGGAGCGAAGGCUGGACCACGACACUAACAUGAAAGCUCUCUAUAAAGUAAAUCCUUCUGCUGAAUGGAUAAUCAAACCCUUACAGGACAAUAAUGAAGACUAGAUAACAACAACACUCUGGCAAUAAAUUCUGAUCAUUUGAUUGCAAGUAGAUGAAUAUCAAGUUACAGCUAUUUCAAAAAGGGUUGCUGAAGGUUUUGUAGCAUGUUUCAUAUCAAGCACAAGAGGUGUUAUGGGCGAUGUGAGUUCAAUAAGUGUAAGGUCACAACAAUAAGAAAUUUCCUCAACUUUGUCUGCACCUUUGGUUAUAUAAUUUCUUCUGUGCUAACAUUAUUAAUUACAUAUGAAUAUCAUACAAUAUCAAUAUUUACAUGCAAAAUGCAGGCAACAUGCAAUAAAACUUAAUUGCAUCAACCUUUUUUUACAAAUAUCUGUAUUUAAAUUGGUAGCAAGUUGUAGAUAUUAUGCUGUAAGUUAGAAUGAUGCAGAAGUAUAGUGGUAUGGCCAAAGCACUGCUUGUAUAGAUGGAUUCCAUAUUGCGAUGAAUGAAGUUGUCAAAAGUGUCACAGACAGCCAUGAGCAAGACAAUUUCAAGCAGUCGGUGUUUAUCCUUACUUUUUGUCCAAAAGUACCUAAGCUGUUAUGGCCAGCCAGGACAUUUUUGACAGUGGUCAUUGUAUUUUGGAAACAAAUUGUUGGUGCUUUGCUUGACUAUAAUAAAGUGUGUACUAAAUCAAAUCUAAAGUAGUAAUAUUAUAAUAUUAUCUUGUGAUAGAAUUUGUACAAAGAUUUAUCAAGAAAUCUGUAAUUUACUAAAAUCUGACUAAAAUUGCCCAACAUAACAUUGCAUUAUUUGUAUUUUGAAAAUAGUUAUUUGUUAUACUUAUUUUUUUGUCUCAGACAUAAAAAUACAUUCAUUGGCACUAGCUGAUUAGGUGUAGUGUCAGGUAUUGUGUGUAUAGUCCAGAGCUGAUCUGACUUCUAUCGGUGCAAUAUGUGCAGUAAACUUCAGGGCCCGGUUGUAUGAAGGAUUGGAUAACGCUGAUGGAUAAAUCUUACAUAGUGGAUAAAUGUAUCGGAUAACAGCAUUGACUUAAUAUCUAGAACAUUGAAUGUGGUGGUGUGCAAGUGAAAAGUGUCCCCAAUUUGUGCAAAAGCACUAGACACUUGAAUAAAGAUAUUUAUUUUAUUUUUCAUGCGCUAUCCAGGCUUCGCACCACUGGACCCAGGUUAUAUAUCUUCUCAUAAUCACUGUUCACUCCACCAUCUAAAAGGUUAUAAGCCCAUUAGUCCACGUCUGGUAAUAUGUCCCUGCAUUUCAGCAAUUUUCAAUAUUAUAUGAACGUCUUGGUAGUUACUAAUAAUUAUAAUCAUAAUAGCAAUAACAUUUCAACUGUUAAAAAAGUUUUCGGUAGUGUGCUAAAAAUUGGUUUUGGGUGCCAUUUUUCAACAAAUCAGUCAUUAUCUUAUUAAUAGACCUCUCUUUACCUUCGUAUGCCCAUUUCAGACUUGACAUUACCCUGAGAAUGGUUCUUUAAAUGAGAAUGAUAAAAUAUUAUUUUACACAUGAAAAAAUGAACUCCCAAUAGUUGCAUCACAUGGUCCAAGAUGUGCACAGCAAACAAAGAUAAAAAGGUCUAUUUUGACUGGCACUGAAAUGAGCACUGAAAAACUAAAUCUUAAUUUCCGCCUCUAGGCAAACAAUUUGUGUACUAUUGAAAAUUAAUAUCCUGCAAAGACAUUACCAUUCUGCUCACAUUUUGUGACUUUGAACUACACUUUUAAUAUUUUGAAUUAUUUUUGGAGAUCCAAAUACAUUCAUCAUUAUGAGAUUGUGAUUAUUUAGCACCAGUAAAAAUAUUUUUCCAGUGGAAAAGAAAGAGUACCUCUAGAAUUUGUGUAUGUAAGCUUUGAAAGCUGAUUAAUUUUACCUAGAUAUAAUUGUAAAUGGUCAUAAAGUCCGAGUACAUAUGUAGUAUAAGUUCGGGCCCACCCCAAAAGAUCACAUGCAUUUCUUUAGACAAUACAAAGUUUACAAACUUA